CGUAAACAACACCUCUUGGUUUAAGUCAGGUAUAAAGGUAUUUCGUGAAUGUUUGACUACAGUUAUAAACAGCAGGUGUAAUCUGUGAUUCUGAGCCAGUGAUACCAUAAGAUGGCAUCUCGCUUUGUUUUUAUUGGAUGUUCACUGUCGAGUGGAUCUGGAUGUUGUUAAUUUUAAGGCGGUGCUAUUUUUUCAGCAGCAACAACAACAACAAAAGAAUGUAUGUGGUAGGCCUAUAUAUUUAUGUGAGGCUGAUGUCUAGAAAAAAACAAAAGAAGAAGAAAAACGUGUUAUCAUUCAAUAGUUUCUUGAAUACGAGCUGAAUGUAAAUUUUCUUGUACUUGAACGUCGUAGAAAUCUGAAAGUCAUUCUUCAUAUAAUUUCAAUGUUGUUGUUUUUUGUUUUGUGUGUGUGUGGGGGGGGGGGGGGGUUCUAUACGGGGAAAACAUGUUGGUGUCAUUUCUACAAGUGUGUAUUGCGCGUCCAUUAGAUCUUGAUGCCAUAUUUCCAACAUUUACCGCUUUAUUCCAAACGUAGAAAGAAGUAUUUAUCUAUGGUCAUAUUUUUUGGUGUUUUUUGAUCUGAAAAUAAAAUCCUUGAGUCAAAUCAACCGCAUCAUUGGUGCACGUUACAUCGCGGUUGGUGUUGCUUCAGCUGUCAUUUUGUGGGACGAUCGCCAGUUAUUGGCCUUUCGUGGAUACCUUGCCGCUCACAAGUUUAGUAACAUGACCAUGAAAAACAAAUCAAGCUGCAGAGACGUCCUCGAAACGUUCUUCGAUUUCUUCGACACCUGGCAAUGAGCGCAUUCCGACAUAGGGCACAUAUUGAAUAGUUGUGUAACGUUUUGUGCUCGAAAAUAAAAUGAUAUGAAAAAGAAGACAAUUCUUUAUUUCUACAUACACACUUGUUUCUUCAUGUUGAAAAAUAAAAAAGUUGAUUUCUAUUCGCAGAUCAUUCCCCGUUGAGUGACCUCCACAUCCCAGCAAAAUGGCUGUCUACGGCUGCUGUCACCGUUUUAUGAAAUAUGUCCUGGUCAUCCUCAACUUCCUUGUGUUGGUGAGUCUAGCUUUGACAUUUUCUCUUUCUGUCAUAUAUACAUGUCAUAUAUACAUGUCAUAUACACGUGUCAUAUACAUGUUAUAUACACGUGUCAUAUACAUGUCAUGUAAAUUUGGCAUAUACAUGGCAUAUGAAUGUCACAGACACGUCUUACAUACUAAAAGCUUACUUAUUGCUGUGACGUCUGUCAGAAGUCACCGCUUAUGAAACACAGUUUAAUAUAAUGACUUUUAUUAAAUGUGGACCUACAUAAGAGAUGCAAUGAAUUCUUAACAAUUAACCUAUUUGAAAGCUAGAGGUUGUUAGAGCUGAAAAGUCUUCGACAAAUAACAGAGUACUUAGGUACACAAAUACUACAUUAUGUUGAAUACAAUAUAAUUUACCGAGUAGAAAGAUAGAAAUUGGCGUUAAAUGACCAACAAAAUGUUCAAUGUAAAUAAUUUCAAAUUCUUUCCACAUCAGUCUAAGACACUACUUUUCCUACAAAAAAUAUUACUCUCCAAACCAAAAAAAAAAAAAAAAAAAAAAAGAAUAUUUUACACAUACCACUACUCUCCUGUCCCAAACACUACUCUCCUAUCCUAGAAGAAAGAAAGAAAUUGGCGUUAAAUGACCAAAAAAAUGUUCAAUGUAAAUAAUUUCAAAUUCUUUCCACAUCAGUCUAAGACACUACUUUUCCUACAAAAAAUAUUACUCUCCAAACCAAAAAAAAAAAAAAAAAAAAAAGAAUAUUUUACACAUACCACUACUCUCCUGUCCCAAACACUACUCUCCUAUCCCAAACACUACUCUCCUGUCCCAAACACUACUCUACUGUCCCAAACAAUACUCUAUCCUACUAAAUUCCUUCAUGUUAGCCAUGAAACCUCUGCGGCUUCAGGUGGUCUCGGAUGUUUAAGGGCCCUCAGUUAUGAGUUUGAAAAAGUUAUUUAACUCUCAACGGGGGGGGGGGGGGGGUGGGGGGGGGGGGGGGUCACAAAACCGAAACUUGGAAGGUUGUCUCAAAGGUCAUGCAACGGCUCUGCUCCUACCCAAAAACACCACACUCUCGCUCUAAACACCUAUUGAUACAAAAUUCAAUGUGUUAAAAAGCACUUACUUUUUUUAUUUCCACAGUGCGCUGGUGCUAUUGCCAUAGGUCUAGGUGCCUGGUCCCUCGCGUCAGAGUAUGGCGCCAAAGAGAUGAAGGCGAUCACAGGAAGUGAGCUGUACCAAGGGGGCUGCAUCGUGAUAAUUGUCGGUGGAUCUAUUAUCUGCCUUCUCGCCCUUUGCGGCUGUCUGGGAGCUUUCCUUGAAAACAGAGUUCUGUUGGGCAUUGUAAGUUUGGCUGUUGGGCAUUUUAAGUAUGACUAUUGGGCAUUGUAAGUAUGACUAUUGGGCAUUGUAAGUAUGACUAUUGGGCAUUGUAAGUAUGACUAUUGGGCAUUGUAAGUAUGACUGUUGGGCAUUGUGAGUGUGACUGUUGGGCAUUCUAAUUAGGACUGUUGGGCAUUGUAAGUAUGACUGUUGGGCAUUGUGAAUGUGACUGUUGGUCAUUGUGCAUGUGACUGUUUGGCAUUGUGAGUGUAACUGUUGGGCAUUGAAAGUAGGACUGUUGGGCAUUGUAAGUAGGACUGUUGGGCAUUGUAAGUAGGACUGUUGGGCAUUGUAAGUAGGACUGUUGGGCAUUGUAAGGACUGCUGGGCAUUGUAGGUAUGACUGUUGGGCAUCGUGCGUGUGACUGUUGGUCAUUGUGCGUGUGACUGUUUGGCAUUGUGCGUGUCACUGUUGGGCAUUGUAAGUAUGACUGUUGGGCAUUGUGAGUGUGACUGUUGGUCAUUGUGCAUGUGACUGUUGGGCAUUGUGAGUGUGACUGUUGGGCAUUGAAAGUAGGACUGUUGGGCAUUGUAAGUAGGACUGUUGGGCAUUGUAAGUAGGACUGUUGGGCAUUGUAAGUAGGACUGUUGGGCAUUGUAAGGACUGUUGGGCAUUGUAAGUAUGACUGUUGGGCAUUGUGAGUGUGACUGUUGGUCAUUGUGCAUGUGACUGUUUGGCAUUGUGAGUGUAACUGUUGGGCAUUGAAAGUAGGACUGUUGGGCAUUGUAAGUAUGACUGUUGGGCAUUGUAAGUAGGACUGUUGGGCAUUGUAAGUAGGACUGUUGGGCAUUGUGAGUAUUACUGGAAAAUGUAGCAAUAAAAAUUAAAUAAAAUUUACUAAAAUACUUUAAAAAAGUACACGUUCCAGUCUACUGAACUGCGUAUUUUAGAACAAGUUGAUAUUUUUUGGUUGGCUGUAUUUAUUGUGAUAAGUUGGCCAUUUGCAGGUCUAUUCAUUUCCUAAUAAAAAUGCUUCAUCAUAACGGCUAUGUUAGUUACGGGAGGUGAUAUUUAUAGAUUAUUUGAAAAUUUUUAAAGAUUUAUUCGGUAAUCCGUCUUUAAAUCUAAUUUUAAAAGAAUGUAUUUGAAACCAGUAUUAUAGUGGGGGGUGGGGUGGGGUGGGGGACGAGAUUCAAGCUAUAAACUAAUUUGAAAAUAUCUCGACCCAUAAACAGAUCUGUUUCCCUCUGUUCAAGACUCCUCCCUAAAUUAUUUAUUAUUGAACAGCUAUACCUUUUUGCGGAUGGCGUACUGUGGAGUCAAUUAAUUUUCAAUUCUAAGCGUCCAUUUCAGAUUCAGUUAAAAUGUAUAAUUUAAACAGACUUAAUAUGUGUCAUAUAUAGAUGGGCUGGGAUUAGUAAUCCUGAAAACUCUCGUUAUCUUAAAUUGCUGUGUACAGUAUCAUCACAUUCAAAAGGCCAACGACUUUGAUAUCCAUUAAAAUAUAUAUAUAUUUUUACUUUACUCACCUCACCAGUACUUCGUCAUCAUGCUGCUGAUUCUCAUCCUGUUUGUUGUGGGUUCAACUCUGGGAUUCUUCUACAGAGACACGGUAAGGAUCUCGGCAGGUAGAGCUUAUAAUAUGGGCGUGUGUGUCCAAAAAUGCUAUUUUGAACAAGCACCAUAGAUUGAAGUCUAGCUAACUAUGGACAUGCUGGUGUUUAUACAAGCUGUUUUGGAACCGGUUCUGUGGAUGGGAGUCUGAACGUACUGUGGAUGGGAAUCUGAAAGUACUGUGGGUGGGAAUCUGAAAGUACUGUGGGUGGGAAUCUGAACGUACUGUGGGUGGGAAUCUGAAAGUACUGUUGGUGGGAAUCUGAAAGUACUGUGGGUGGGAAUCUGAACGUACUGUGGAUGGGAAUCUGAAAGUACUGUAGGUGGGAAUCUGAAAGUACUGUGGGUGGGAAUCUGAAGGUACUGUGGGUGGGAAUCUGAAAGUACUGUGGGUGGGAGUCUGAAGGUACUGGCGAUGGGAAUCUGAAGGUACUUUGAAAGUAUUGUGGGUGGGUAUCUGAAAGUAGUGUGGGUGGGAGUCUGAAAGUACUGUUGGUGGGAAUCUGAAAGUACUGUGGGUGGGAAUCUGAACGUACUGUGGAUGGGAAUCUGAAAGUACUGUAGGUGGGAAUCUGAAAGUACUGUGGGUGGGAAUCUGAAAGUACUGUGGGUGGGAAUCUGAAAGUACUGUGGGUGGGAGUCUGAAGGUACUGGCGAUGGGAAUCUGAAAGUACUGUGGGUGGGAAUCUGAAAGUACUGGGGAUGGGAAUCUGAAAGUACUGUGGGUGGGAAUCUGAAAGUACUGUGGGUGGGAAUCUGAAAGUACUGUGGGUGGGAGUCUGAAAGUACUGUGAAUGGGAAUCUGAAAGUACUGUGGAUGGGAAUCUGAAAGUACUGUGGAUGGGAAUCUGAAGGUACUGUAGAUGGGAGUCUGAAAGUACUGUGGGUGGGAAUCUGAAGGUACUGUGGGUGGGAGUCUGAAGGUACUGUGGAUGGGAGUCUGAAGGUACUGUGGGUGGGAAUUAGAAAGUACUGUGGAUGGAAUCUGAAAGUACUGUGGAUGGGAAUCUGAAAGUACUGUCGAUGGGAAACUGAAAGUACUGUGGAUGGGAAUCUGAAAGUACUGUGGAUGGGAAUCUGAAAGUACUGUGGGUGGGAGUCUGAAGGUACUGUGGAUGGGAAUCUGAAAGUACUGUGGAUGGGAAUCUGAAAGUACUGUUGGUGGGAGUUUGAAAGUACUGUGGAUGGGAGUCAGAAAGUACUGUGGAUCAGAAGUUGAAUUUACCUGCGAGUAAUUCUAAAUAAUUGACGCAAUUACCAGGUCAACCAGACCUUCCAUAAGUAUGGCAAAAAAUGUCCUUUUAAGCAGGGAGACCCUGUCAGCGUGUAAUGUCGUCAUUUUUCUCUCUCCAUUGUUAGAAACAUCAAUUGUAUUUAGCGUAUCUUUCAUGUUGUUGAUGUUUAUUAACCUGUUUUUUUUUACAUAUAAUUAAAUUCUUUUGUAAUAACUCGUUGAUUCGUGAUCAAACCCUAAACACUGCGUAACAAAUCACUGUUCAAUCAUAGCUAUACAUUUAUUCUUUGCACUCAAUUUUAAAUAUACAAUAAUCCAAUUAAAAUUAAACAUGCAUUGAUCCAAUCAAAAUUAAACAUUUAUUUAAUCCAUUUCAAAAUUAAACAUUUAUUUAUCCAAUUAAAAUUUAAAAAUAAUUAUUUAUCCAAUCAAAAUUAAGCAUUUAUUUAUCCAAUAAAAAUUAAACAUGUGUUUAUACAUUUCAAAAUUAAACAUUUAUUUAUCCAAUUAAAAUUAAACAUUUAUUUAUCCAAUCAAAAUUGAUCAUUUUUUAUCAACCAAAAGUAAACAUAUAUUCAUCCAAUUUUCCUCCUAGCUGAAACAAGAAGUCGCUAAACAGAUGGAGGAUACCUUAAAAAACAAUUACCAAGUCAACUACAACUCAGACGACAAAAACAAGUUAACCACGGAUGUCUGGGAUAAAAUCCAGAAAGAGGUAAGCAAUGCUACCCACAGCUUUGAACGAGUUGGAGUAGAAAUAGUGGAGAAAAUACAUAUAUAAAGUAAAAUAUGUACGUUGUACAUGUGGAAAACAGAGGUGAUAAACAACAAACACAACAUAAUAAAACAAAAAGAAAAAUAAGUUUUAAAACAAGACUUUCUAUCAAAGAAAGUUUAAUUUUUUUUUUAAUGCACUACAUAAAGAAAUACUGUACAGAAGUGUAGAUGAGCACUCUAUGAUAUGAAGCCAAAGAAAGAUUGUAGAGAAGUAUAGAUCAGCACUCUAUGAAACCAAAGAAAGACUGUACGGAAAUGUAGAUGAGCACUCCAUGAACUCUAUGAAGCCAAAUGAAUUCGAAUUGAAUGUAGACGAAACUUUACCAUAUUUCAUUUUAUAAAAAAAAACUGCAUUUUAUUAUCUGUUUAUUUUAAUUUUAAAAUUUUUAAAAAUGUGUUUCUUUGUUUUCAUUAAAAAAUGUUUCACUGUUUUGCUCUCAUUACUACUUUCAUUUUUCGUUCAUUGUUUUCAAAGACCUCAAUACAAUCAUGUUCUCAAACAGCUUUAUUGUUGUGGUGUGAGCGGUAACAGAACAUCAGAGAAGUCUUGGUACUUGUACCAGUCCAGCAAAUUUUUCCUGAAUCAGAACGGCACAGGUAAGUGAAACAAUGGGCCGUUCUUGAACAGUUUCCCAUGAUUGUGUUUUAAAGAACGAUGAUAUCAUGUAAUGUUCUUUUCUGAGAAGUCAAUUUUUUUUAUCUGAUAAAGGAGCAGCAUAUUAAAAUCAAAAGACAUGUAUCUGUCUUGUAUUCAGUGUCUUGUUUCUUUUUCUGGUUGGUGAAUGCAAGUCUCAACCCUUCCCUUGGAUAGCUCUACUGCACGCGGCGCUUGCUUUAAAAUAUUUCAUCUAGUGAAUACAUUUUAUGUCUUCUCCUUCUGCCUGCUGUUACGAGGAGACGUUGCGGGGGGAAGUACAGUUUUCAGGUUGACGCAAGGUGUGAGGUCUGCUGGAGGUUCAUGUUGUGGAUAUUUAGGAUGUCCUAUAACACACUGAACCCACUGGAGGCGUGGUCUUCCACUGGCCCUGAAACCAGAUGUGUUGCCAUGGUGAGCUUGCAAUGCAAACUCAACGAUUUCGGGUCAUUGGUCUCUCAGACUGCAAACACUCCAAGUUGAUACUUAAGUUAUUCCAUCUCACUUUGCCUUUGCCGCGUCCACGCCGUCAUCCCUCAAACGUCAUCCGUUUUCUACCCCAUGUGUUGGUAACUUGAGCGAUUGUAUAUUCCAUGACCUUGUCUUGUUAGGCCUGACACAGUUACAGCUUCAAAAUAUUUUUUUUCGAUUUUCGAGUUAAAUUUUUAGGUUAUCAUCAAAUUAUUCAUGACUUAUGCGUUGCUGUUAGGAAAUGUAAGUUAUAACUAUCUUAUUUGUAAAAUUGUUAUUAAUUAAUAUCCCUUAAAUAUUUUUACAUGAGUUGAAUUUUUAAAUGUGUCAAGCUCAUUAAUUUUAAACUUUCGAAUAGUUAACCUGAAGUCACGGGCUAUUAAUUUAGUGUUCUUGGUGUUCUCCAGAUAAAGACUACGUCCCAAGGAGCUGCUGCAAUGAAAAGCUUGUCAGUGUAACGAAAAUCUAUGGAGAGUGUCAGAAACGGAACCCGUUGAAUAAUAUGGCAAUCCAAGUGAGCCUAACCCUGAUCACCCAGGACAAUCCGGCAUUGUAUGAAGAUGUAAGUGAUAUUGAGCAAGUUUACCUCGGCUGUUUAGCAAAGAAUGGCAAGACGUAUUAUUAAAUAUUUAAUCGUUUAAGAAUCACGCUAUUCACACACAUUAUUGUUGCUAUUCACACACAUUAUUGUUGCUAUUCACACACAUUAUUGCUGCUUUUCACACACAUUAUUGUUGCUAUUCACACACAUUAUUGUUGCUAUUCACACACAUUAUUGUUGCUAUUCACACACAUAAUUGUUGCUAUUCACACAUUAUUAUUAUCAUUGUUUGGUCCUUCGCGCGUGUGAAGAUAAACCAAGCCUUGACCUGAGCUGUAUAUUUUGUUCAAAGUGACGAGGAGUCACACAAUUCUUCAGCCCCACUCUGUUCUAUCGAAUAAACUUAGUCAAGACGACUGUAGCAUGCACUACACGAGCAGUUUGUCUCCUUCGUUUUACUGUGCUCUUUAUGCAUUUCCCGUCCCGUCGCAGGAGUCGUCUCAAAGUUUUACCGGGUCAGUGUCAUAACGGGUCAGUGUCAUAACUGGUCAGUGUCAUAACGGGUCAGUGUUAUAACGCCUACGGUACCCCAUCUUCGGGUUUAAUUUCAAAAGGGACUAUUUUGGUGUGACCGAGAAUUUCGGUUAUCACUUUGGUUAAGAAUAACCUUGCGUGAUUAUGCAAUUUUACAAGAUAAACUAUUCACAUCAGGUGGAAACUGAGUGAGGACCGAACCAAAUAGUCAGGUUUUUUUCCUUUAAGAAACGGACAACUUGCUGUCACCUUUGAAGCUCUAAGACAGGUUUACAGGGGGAAGGGGGGGAAGGGGGGGUGAGAUAUGAACCAUCCCACCCCACCAACUCCUAACUCCUGUCAUUAUUUCUGUAUCACCAUAACUAUUUUACUAUUAUGUCUUGUCAAGGGAUGCAUUGACGCUGUAGAAGACAAGAUCAUGGAGCACAUAGUAGCCAUAGCAGGCAUCGCUCUGGCAGUUCUCAUCAUCAUGGUAAGUGUUGCAAAAAGUUAUAAUUGGUUCAUUGGAUCAUUAUGGUAAGUGUUGCAAAAAGCUAGACUUGGUUCUUUGGAUCAUCGUGGCAAGUGUUGCAAAAAGCUAGACUUGGUUCCUUGGAUCAUCUUGGCAAGUGUUGCAUGACUUGUUCAUUGCUGCUGCUGGUGUUUAACAAUCCAGCCCAGGCAGCAGACAGCAGACAACAGUAUUUCUAUUUGACCAGGGUUGGUUGGGGGGGGGGGAGGGGUAUCAGUGCGUCUCUUUUAUUGAUAUUUUUCAUACUAUUCAAGACACCAAGCCUCAAGCCAUAAUAUUUAUAUCAUAAAAUAAGAUUCCUUAUUGAUCCAAAUGAAUGGAAAUGUUGUUUUUUUUUAAUGACAUUGUACACAUUAAUUUUCAGCACAUAUAUAUAUAUAUUAUUAAACAAAGACAACAUUUUACAAUUAUAACAAUUUAAACACACGGUAUAUAUAUGAAGUGUUUCUCUAGCAUAGAAAUCAUCCAUGAAUGAAUUCCUUUAGUGACAAUAUUGACAUAAUUAAUAAUCACUCAUAUUUGGUAACCGCUGGGGAAGCGCGCUGGAAAAUCUGUACAGACUGUGGAACAAAACAAUGUUUAUAUCUCUCGGUCCUAACUUUAAGAGAGGAGUUAACCCUGAUCGAGUUGAUCUUAGGUAUCUGUGAUAAAAAGGGUGGGAUUUAUCAUCCAAAAUUUUUUAAACUUUUACAAUAUCGUCUUUCUUCAAUUAGUUAUUUAAGGGAAGGAUGUUUAGUUUAUUCGAUAUUUAUUUUCUUGGUUAGUCUAUUUGUCAGGCGAAGUAUUCCAGCUAAACACAGAACCCUAACGCAUUUUUAUUUAUUAUUUUUAAAUCUAAUAAAAUGCUUUUGAAAAUGGUUGAUUUUUUUUUUUUAAAUAUGAACAAUUUAUCUGCUUAAAUAAAGUUAUAUUAACUAUUCGAUUAUCUUAUCCAAGUGCGUCUUAAAAAAAAAAAAGUCUGAAUUUCAAACCUAACGAUACCUAUUUCUGAUUCUCAUCCUACUUCAGGUCAUCGCCAUCAUUUUUUCUGUGUGUGUCUGCAUGGACAUCGGCCGUAAUAAGAAAGAGCACGCCAUUUAGAAAUUUGACGUACAGGAUACAUGCCAUUUGUAUAUACAGGAGCACAGCUUUUAGUCUACGUUUUGAGAACUUUAAAAAAAAUGAACAUUUGUUUCCCUUUGAUUUAAACAACUUACACUUCCCUUUAAACACGAAAUUAUAUUAAGUAUUUUCUCAUCAUUUUAUCACACACGAUGUUAAAAUUUGAUUUUUUUCUUUUUUUUUUUUUUCUGUUUUAAAAAAUUUAUGGGAUAAAUUU